AUGGUGGAAAAAAGCAACUGUGUCUUCCAAUCAAACCACUUAGAGAUUAUUAACAAACCUAGCCCAUAUCGCCCUGGAGAGCAUUAUUAUAUAGCCAAUUACAAAGCAACUAAUGUUGCAGAAUUGGAAAAAAUUACAAAAUUCCCAACAAGUAUCACUCCACCAAAUGGCACAAAACCAACCUCAAAAAAACUCAUAUCUACAACCAAAUAUUUGGUAGAAAAAUUCAAAAAACAACAAGAAAACGAAGUGACUGGUGCAACCAAUAAUUUCCAAUUCAAUAAUGACCUCUCAGCAUUAGAAAAGAAUCACAAAUCACUUCAAGUAGAAUGUACUGAAAACUCAAUCAAACUGGAAUCACAUUCUAAACAAAUACAAAACAUCACCAAUACACUAACAGACCACACAAAAUCCAUACAGACCAUUUUUGAAAAACUCAACGAAAUAGCUUCCAAAAUGGAAAAUAUUGAAUUACAUUUGACAAAACCGUACCAUCAAUUAAUUCAUGAAUCCAAGGAUGAUGUAGAAGAUGAAGAUAAUGAAUCUUAUCACCCAAAACCAAAUGAAAAUAGUGAUGAUGAAAUGGAAUAUGACGAAGAAGAAGAUAUAGUAGAACCUAGAAGAGGUGAUAAACCUCUUGGAAAUAAGAACAAUUAA